GGCCCAAGCCCACUCAAGGAAGCCCAAACCCUAUAUAAGGAGGCCUAACCCUCCAAGCUGGAGAUCCUCUCUUCCCUUCUCACACUCUAACCCUAAGGUCUCUCUCUAAACUCUCUCUCUACAUACCAUAAACCUCACCCUAUAUCGUACUAACUUGGGCGUCGGAGCGUAGAUCCCGGGGGCCGCCCCCCGCCUCACAGGUUCUUUCACUCCCGAGGAGAUCAGACGAGGGAGUCCAGAUCAGAAUCUCAUAACCGCCUAGUAUAUUCUAGGUUCAAACAAUUGGCGCCCACCGUGGGGCAAUGAUUUGGAUAUUCUGAUGUUUGGUUUCUGAAGGAGGGAGGAAAUUUGUACUUCCUCCACCACCACAAGCCACGGCAGCCAUGGCAGCUUUGAGAAAGCUCGGAUUCUGGCGACUCAAUUAAUCGUCGACAAUAAAGGAAGGUCAAAAGCAUCUAACACAACCCACCGGAGAACUCCUGCGAAAGAAGAAGAGAAGCUAAAAGAGCAACAGAUAGCCAGGAAGAAAACCGGAUCUAUUUCUCUCUAGCUCUGGACCGAAGAACAGUAUUGGAAAUUUUGGGGUGGCUGCCGGCGGCACCCCAAUACACUCACCGCCGACCUCUUCCUCACAAAAGAGCCUUCCUCUGUGAACAACAAGUAGCAGCAGCUGGAAGGAAGAAAAGAAAAAAGAGAGAGAGAGAAGAGACCGCCGGCGAUGGCGAUGUCGGAGCUCCGACGACAAAAAAGAACAAGGGGCCGCUGCAGUCAUCAUUCGGUUGCUCUAGUCCGGUCACUUUCUCUCACGUUUACCCACACUUCUUUGACUUUUAGUUCUAAAAAAUCAAACUAUUAUUCUACAGUGGAGUCACAUCAUGAAAAAGCAGAUUGCUAUGUCACAGUCACACUUUCUCUCCCCCCUAGGUACAGCUGGUGGACGAGUUUCCCAAAGAAACACCCAAUAAAUGAGACGCCUAUGGGAAAGGAAACGCCUGAGCCUUAAAUCAGUGCAGCCCACCUCAAUCAAGCCGGCCCGCCUUGCCAUGAGCCCAAAUCAGUCCAUCCUUUGUGUCGGACCGCGACCCGCAUAGCCUGCCUCCAAAAGUCCAAUCCAAACCGCCUCAGGCCAGCUCUGUAUCCAUCAAGCUUCAGCGGCCCGCGGCCCACGUCUCCUCUCACAUUUGGACUGCCCAAAGGAAGACGAUCCACAUUCAACAAAAAAGAAAUUCGAAGCGCCCCGCCACCGUUCGAACAGACGACUUUCAUCUCAUAUGCAUGUGCGGAUACCACUGCACUAGAAGAAAGUUUGUGAUCAAAUGUGACUCUCUACUAUAAAUUCAACUCCUAAGCUGCCAUCUACAGGCAUUCAACACAGAUCCAAUCCGGCCCGUCGUCAAAGAACCGCCAACAAGAUUUCUCCAGCAGGCUAUCAGCAAACCGUGCAUCAAGACGACCCCAGCUCCAGCCGCUAAGCAGACUCGCCUUUGAAAGACCCACCAAACGCGGCCCACUAGAUCUAGUGAGCGGUCUUCAGUCUUCACCAUCCAGCCACUCUCAAGUCUUAACCCAGACCGCCUUCAGCCCAUCUCCCCAUGCGGUUCACCUCCAGCUGUCCCGACUCUUUCGACGAUGCCCGCCAAGGAAUCAAGCCCGCUCAACACUGGGCCUGCCUUCCACUUCCAGCCCGCCAAGAAACUUGCAACCGUAAGUCUCUGUCUCUCCAGAGCACCUACCACGCAGCCCGCUUUCACUGUCAAAGCCCGCUCCACCACCAAAGCCUAUUUUGCACCUCGACCCACCAAUCGCACAACGCAGGCCCGCCACGGAUCGCACUCCAAAUCUGCAAGCCCGUCACUCCCUCCAACGUUCGCCUCCCAUCAGGCUACAAUGCAGCCCAACUCAACAAAUCCAACGUUCGCCUCCCAUCAGGCUACAAUGCGGCCCACCUCCAAUCUCCUGGAGUUUAUCCAAAAAGAAAGCAACACGCCUCCACCUACCUUCGAACCGCAGACGUCUGGUUCAUUAGUCAACACGCAAACCAGUGCGUUACAAGAACGAAUUGCUGAUGAAUAACGCAACAGUUGAUACUUAAUCCUCUCCAACCAACCGGCUCGCUUUCAGCCCAACUAUGUUAGGACCGCCAUCCGCAUCUGAAAGGACCGCUUCGCCCUCAAAGUCCACAAUGUGGCCCAGCUACCCUGCCGACAAGGGACUCCCAAAAGUCAGAGCACGGCCCACACAUCAACCUCUCGGACGAAGCUUCAGCAGCCCACGCCCUUAUCAAGCCUCACUCUAAAAAAUAUUGAAGAACCGCCUCCAUCAAGUGUCGAACCAAGGACCUCAUUUUAGCAUUGAAGUGCUUCAACCAGUGGAAUACAGGGCCGCUUUGUUGAUCAAAGAAGCAACAGACAAUAUUUCGUUCUCCAAUUGCAGGCCCAUCAGGCACAGGACCGCCUCCCACCUCAAUGGGCCACCAAAGGAGGCAAACCGCCAUGUGUCUGUCCUCGACCCAUCAGUUCCAGUGUAAAGCCCCUCCCAUCAGGCCCAAGACCGCCUCCCAUUCGCUUCCAAAGCGGCCCGCAUCCAUUUGGCCCGCUUCACAUUUUGUCUCACAAGGAGGUCUCGCCUUCGCCUUAAAUGGGCCGCCUCAAGCCCGCUUCGCAAAGUCAAGUUCAGCAACCGCUCGGCCCAGCUUCGGUCAGCUCAAUCCAGGCUCAAUUAAAAAGCAAUGUCAAC